CACGCACAAUUUUCGGUUGGCCAGCUCCGCUCCAGAUUCCCCUACCAGAAGGUCCCCGAGAUGAAGCGGGAUCCAGGCGAGGGAGGAUAGAGCCGAGCCUAGAGAAUCGAUUGGCGUUUCUGUCCUUCCGUCCCGUUACUAACGGCUUUCUGAAGGAUAGGUUGGACCGGCUCCUGGAUCCAAACUCUUGGAGGUCCAGGAGACAAAAUGUCAUCAUAUUUUUUGCCGAUACCACUGACUCCUGGAGAUAAAGGAAAAGAAGACUCAGUCAAAAAGGAAAGGCCAUAUAAGAUCUUUUUCAAAGAUCUCUUUCUUUUCAAAGAAAAUGAAGUGGCAGCAAAGAAAAAGGAAAAAUUUAUAAACCGCAGCAUGAGAGUCUACCAAAAGUCUACUUUUUCAUCUCGAAUGAAGAGUCGUUCACACCUGGGCCAAAGAGCAUUCUACUCUGACACAGCUGGUGACUCAUUUGAAAAAUUUGGGCUAGAUCCCACUCUUAUUCUCAGAUUAACAGAAGGUGCAGACACAAAAAGGACCAUUCAUGAAUUUAUUAAUGACCAGAGAGACAGGUUUCUGCUGGAGUAUGCUCUCUCAACCAAAAGAAAUACAAUUAAAAAGUUUGAAAAACUCAUAGCAGUGAAGGAACAGCAACUCAUAAAAGCAGAAAAAAAGCUCCAAGAAGACGCCAUGGCCUUUGAAGAGUUCCUUCGAGAAAAUGACCAGAGAUCUGUAGACGCCCUUAAAAUUGCAGCACAGGAAACUAUAAACAAACUCCAAAUGACAGCAGAGCUAAAGAAAGCAAAUAUGGAGGUACAGGCAGUGAAAAGUGAGAUAGCAAAAACAGAAUUCCUCCUUAGAGAAUACAUGAAAUAUGGAUUUUUUCUGCUGAAAUUGUCUCCAAAACACUGGCAAAUCCAGCAAGCGCUGAAAAAGGCACAGAUGACAAAAAGUAGAGAAAGUAUGAAUGUCACUCUUCCGGUAUUAACAAAAUUAAAGACAAAGAAAAAUGAGGGCAGUAUUGAGGAUUCCAGGAAGACAUCUUUUUCAGACGACAAUUCUAUGGGAAGAGGUAGCCAAGGAAAACCCCACAGGAAGACCACCUUCACCCUAGAGAAUAAGAAAUCAUCCUUAUCAAAUCUCACUGAAAGUAUCAGUUCAGAAGAUAGUUUGGAAUUCUUUUUAGAUGAUGAUAUGGACUAUGAUCUGGAGCCAGAACUUUAUUUCAAAGAACCAGAAGAGUUACUUCAAGUCCUCACAGAGCUGGAAGAGCAGAAUCUAACUUUGGUACAAUAUUCCCAAGAUGUAGAUGAAAGUCUUGAAGAUAUAAAUAAAAGAGAAAAACUUAUACAGGAUAAAAUAAAUAGCAACAUAGCAUUUCUUUUGGAGCACAAGGAAAUGCUCAAGGCUAACUGUGUGAGAGAAGAGGAAAAAGCUGCAGACCUGGAAUUAAGGUCCAGGCUAUUUAGUUUUGGAGAAUUUAAAUCAGAUGCUCAGGAAAAACUGAUAGAAUCUCUUAGUAAAAAAAUUAAUCAAGUAUACAAGGUCUGCAUUGGAGAUGCUGAUGUUGGCAGUCUCAACCCAGUUCAAAAGCUGGUAAAAGUAGAGUCUCGCCUGGUGGAAUUGAGUGAUCUCAUUGAAUCCAUUCCCAAAGAAAAUGUGGAGACAAUUGAGAGGAUAAAACAGAAAGAACGGCGGCAAAAGUUACGUGAAGAUAAAAUGAAAGAAAAACAAAGACACCAAGAGGAAAGGCUAAAAGCUGCUCUGGAAAGGGCAGUGGCACAACCAAAGAAAAAGCUGGGAAGAAGACUUACCUAUCGUUCAAAACCUCCAUCUGGUAACAAACAUGAACUACUUUUGGUCAAGGAUACAAGAACAAAAUCACUAGAGGAAGAAUAUUUUUUCACUUGAAUAGGUGCACUAAGACAUUUACUGCCAGAAUGUUUUAGGCAUUUUGUAGAUUUUGGUUUUCAGUAAUGGCAAUAUUCUGCCCCAUAUGCUGGCCUAACCAAUUUAAGGAAGACAGGCACUUAUUCUCAUGGUUAUAGGAUUGGCAAUGGGAGUUAUUUUCUUUUGUUGAAGGCUUUUAUUACCAUAUCCUAAGUAGUAUACCAUAAGCUAAACAUUUAUAUCUUUGGGUUAUCCCAGUUGGAGCUACACAUCCAAAGUGUACUUUAACUUACAUUACUUUAUGUUACAUUCCUUUAACAUUGCGUUAGCAAUGUGGUGAAUGAGCAUUAAAGUGCAAUAAUGGCAUUCUCUGACAAUCUAGGACUUUAAAUGAUCUAAUUUGUUUUCAGCCAGUCCACAGUUCAUAGUGUACAUUUUAUCACUAUGGAGUAUACAUUUUAACAGUGUAUAACUCUAAAACAUCUAUUUGAGGAGUUUAAAACUUAAAUUAACAGGUAAUUUGUUGACUACUAAGUAAAAUGAAACAGUAUACAUUAAUUCUAAGGAAAUAUUUAACCUUAUACAUGACAAAAGUGGUUCAAUAACUUUAAAAGAAAGUUGUUUUAAAAGGUCUCAGUUAAUAUAGUAUUACAAGAAAAGCACUGAAAUUCACCUUCAUAAGUGUUUAUUAAGCAUAUAAUUUUCUCCCUAUAGAAAAAAAAAAGAAUACUGAGCUUAUAAAAGAAAACCAACUUGAAUGAAGUUGAGUGUCUUUUAAAGCAUUAAUUCUGUGAAUAAUCCUUCAACUGUUUCAACAUUUGAGCUCUGCGUUUAAAUAUCUGAAUAGGAAUAGUUCACAAGACAAGUUGAAAAAAAAAAGUUUAUUGUCUAGAAAUAUAUAUAAAAAAAAUUCCCCACAAAAGAUGCUAUUCUCUCAUUUCCCCAUCUUCUUCCUCUUCUUCAACACCCCUGAUAUAAAGGACAUUAUUACACCUGUAAAUAGAAAAACAGUCCAUUUUGUUGUUCCAACCGGAAACCACAUUAAGAUCUGAAUUACUAUUGCUAGAUAUUUAUAAUAUUUACAAUUUACAAUGCAUCAUUUCUUUCUUUUUUAAAAAAAAGUUUUGUUAAAAGCACAUGGCACUUAUUUACCAAGUAGGUAUUAUGAAAUGGUAUCUUUAUGAUCUUCCAAAGGUAAUGAUUCAAAUUUGAAGGUGUGAAGCUAUUUCAAAAUGAAUAUAAUGAAAAUCCCUAAUAGCAGCCAGACCCAACUAAAAUUCAAAACCAAGCUCUUCCACCUAAACCACUGAAAAAGGUUACACCAAGAGCUAGAAAGUUUAGUAUCAACACUAGAAAAAUCUUAAGGAUAACUCCAAAAAAUUUCCAUCUUCUUUGACAAGUUUAAGGGUUUCAAAACUCUUUAAGUCUAACUGUAGAAUAUUAUGUUAAUAGUGAUUUAAAGAAAGUAAUUCUGAAAUUGAGACACUAAUUUAAAACAGGGAUUUCUAGUGCUCACUAGUAACUCCUUACAUAUACUACUAUUCUUGUUACCUUAUUAAAACUUCACCCAAAUGUCCAGACAAUGCUCCAUCUAUGUAUUCUUCUGUGUUUGCAAGCUUUAAAUAAAAAGAAAGUAUAUUAGUAUAAUAAUAUAGGAGAAAAAUAGUGUAACACUACCUAAAAUAUUAGGUAAUACUGGUGAGACAACUUAUUAACUGAAACCUUUCUAUACCAACAACUCACAUUUAUCUAUAAUUAACAGGAUAUUAGCUUUCUUUUACUACUGUAGUACUUUUGGGUUUCAUAUAAACAUUCAGUAAAGUUAACAUCGAUGGAUAUAGAAUAUAUAAUAAAGCUUGUUUCAAUGUAAGUUUUUAAAUCUCUCAGUUAUGUAACACUCCUUUGUAUUAGACAUUAAAACAGCAUGUCAAGGAA